AUGGUAAAGAAGGUUCGCAAACUUCUCUCCAAGAAGGUCAACAAAGAGCAAAUCAGGCCCAUCGAUGAUGAAAUGAUUCCUCGGUUUGACUUGGUGGUUAAAGAGCGCCCUCCAGCCCGCUUCAGUGAUGGGAAUACAGAUGGUAUAGAUAUCGAAAUUGACUCAAAGGCGAUCACUGAAACCCUCUGCGGAGCGAGGAUUCGAUGCUAUAACCAAGAACGUAUAUCAGCCGCCAGACUUGGAGGCGUGAUCGAGAUCAAAACGAACCACCACUCACAGUUCUAUGGACUGACUGUCGCCCACAUUGUUACUGGCGGGGAUAAUGAUGGGAGAACUUCGCAGUCUGAACCCGAUCAGGUCGUCGAUUCCACGGAUUCGAGCGAUGGUGACGAAGAGCCAAGUGGCAUAAUUUCGAUCCCCGACCGUGAUAUCUAUUUGGAACGCGAUGUUCAGUCUGUGUUGAAGAGUCGCUCACCGCAGAAUGUUGAUCUGCUCUCCCCAAUAUCGAAUGGUUCACGUUUGGCCCAACUCGAGGUCCCUGAGGCUUCGAAUAAUCUACCGGGCUCGAGACCCGAUGAUUGGAAACCCUUUGGUCAUCUCGUCCACUAUGACAGAUUCGUUCACCAGCAGCUUCAACGAUCGGAGAACUUAGAUUGGGCGCUCGUGGAAUUGAAUGAUUUUGGGCAUUUGUGGCCAAAUCUUUGUUCCCCGUUGAAGGAUGGAUCACUCCCUGGGGAAGUCUGCUCUUUCACCACUCUGCAAGAACCCCGUCCAUCUUGUCGAAUCUUGCAAGCUUCCUUAAUGAUUGGAGCACGCGAAUCUUUCCUGGCUACGGUCAACCUCACCCCAUCCUUCCUUCUGCUACCACCAAGUACGAACUUUAUAGAAGCAUACACAAUGAGGACUACAGAAGGUUAUAGUUUGGGCCAGGGGGACUGCGGCACUUGGGUAGUCUCUAGUAAAGCCGAACUGACAGGAGUGAUCUGUGCUAGAGAUGACGAAGAGAUCUAUCUCAUCCCGCUCGAAUCAAUCCUGUCACAGAUCCAGCAAGUUCUCCAGGCCGACAGUGUCGUUGUGGCGGAUUAUCAUGACGUGAUCAAGGCAAUGACACCCUUUAUUCUAUCACCAAGCCCAGAUCCGGCGGUGUUGUCACGCUCUCAUCCGGAAGAGAUACCAUACAGAACAGAACUCAGUACUUCACAAAUGCCACCAAUAGAUCUACCAAGUCGGUUGAAGAUCGACGCUGAUUCAGUGGGCAUGGAAGCCACAACGUCUGAUCAACGGAUGUCGAGUGCCGAAGAGACCAUAGUUGCUCUCCCAGCAAUCUUGCUGCAACAUCUUCCGCAGAACACCACUCCUGAGACAGUGCGGACGAUGCUCCUCUUCGCAAGGGGACUUCAAGACACUGAGAUCAUUCCUAACGCGUAUGAAGAAGACACUAGAUUUACCACUGCCAUCGCUCGGUUUGCUUCCAUGACCGACGCUUUUGAAGCGCAGGCAAUGCUCAAUGGAAAACCUGUCCCGGCUGGCCAGGUGAGAAUGAUUGUCGACGUGUUGUGCAGCCCCACGACGGCCUCCGUGCCAUGGCCUAACACAAUGGAUCCUAUGUUUAGCCGCAAAAUCGUGUGGUCGGUCUCGCCGCAGUCUCCAGAGACUAAAGCAGCGACGGAUCGGUUUCGUGUGAGAGGGGGGAAAGUGAUUGAUGAAGAUAGCGGAAAUGAUGAUAAAAUGAAGGAGCCACUUGGAUACUUGAAAAGCUCCUCCGCAGCCAGCGUACACCGAGACAAUGGACUUUAUAACAGCUACGACUCUCUACGAUCUGUGGAACAGGCUCGAACUCAUGCGCAUUUCGUUCGGUAUCGACGAGACGGACUAUAUUCUGGGUUUCUGCAACCAUAUAUCUCACACAUCUACCCACCAGUCAAUCCUGCUGACCAAAACGCGCCGUGCAACACGCUGUACGUGGGCAAUCUUCCCACUGACACGUCGGAAGAUGAACUCAAAGCCAUGUUUUCCAAACAACGAGGAGAUAAAAGGCUGUAUUUCCGCACCAAGCAGAACGGACCGAUGUGCUUUGUGGAAUUUGAAGACAUAUCGCUUGCCACCAAGGCUUUAAAUGAGUUGUAUGGAGUGCGGCUCCACAACAGUGUCAAGGGCGGCAUCCGGCUGCAUUUUUCAAAGAACCCUCUUGGAGUGCGAGCAGGACAGCCUGGGAGUGCCAACCCAUGA